GGUAGAAGGUAGAAGGUAGAAGGUAGAAGGUAGAAGGUAGAAGGUAGAAGGUAGAAGUAUUAAGUACUUUUCGCUGGUUUUAAGUCGACUUUUACAAAGGACAAAACAUUCGGACUGUCACACGGUUUGAAUUUUUAAGAACUUCCCUCACCCACAAUGCCUCGCGCACUAAGCAUUGUUAGCCUGCAGUGCAGGCGGUUUUAACGUUCACAAUCGUGGAGAGUUGGAACGCAAUUUUUUCCCUCUCCCAAACCGUCCGCUUUUUGUCUAAUCCAAUAUGGCGUCCUGAACACUCGAUGAGGGGAUAUGUGCACUCUCUUGCCCAAACUACGCCUGUACCGCAGGUUAAGGUCACUUGAAAAUGGUUGAAAAUGUCACAGCGCGCAUUUUUUUUUUUUACAUGUGAAGAUUUAAAAUUCGGAACGGUUUUUGAUAAAGGGAAAUAAAAGUGUCUCUUUCUUCACGAACCCAUCAUGAUUCUUUUUGCAUCUUAAGUGGAUUGUAUAGAAGUAUUGUAUAUAUCUAAAUACCUAUGGUGGAAUGCAUUAAAUUAUGUCGGGUUUUAUUAAUUAUAGAUGCAAGGAAAUUUCCCAUAUUUCUAUUGUUUUGUUUUCGAAAUCGAACGAGGAAUGAAUUGCUGGUCUCUUGAGAUUUUAGUCAUAAAACUAAUUUAUUCAACAGCCUGUUAACUUUUUUUCUAACGGUUAACAGUUCAAUUCAUAGUAUCGGCAUUACCAAAGAUUUAAAACAUGGAGCGCUACAGCAAAAUUAAACGAAUUGGUUCAGGAACGUUUGGCCAAGCUUGGCUGGUCGAGUCAACAGUGAGCAAGAGAAUGUACGCUUUGAAAGAAUUGGGUGUCACGGCCAUGUCUGAACAAGACCGCCAGCUUGCGUUGAACGAAGCGAAGAUUUUGUCAAAGCUGAAGCACAAGAACAUUGUGCGUUACAAGGAGGCGUUUGUUGAUCAAGGAAAGUUGUGUAUCGCUAUGGAAUUUGCCGAAAAAGGAGAUUUAUACACCAGAAUUAGGGAGAGGAAUGGAUUAUACUUUCAAGAAACGCAAAUUUUAGAAUGGUUUACACAGCUUUGUCUUGCCCUCAAGUACAUUCACGGACAGAAUAUUCUUCACAGAGAUCUGAAAACACAGAAUAUUUUUCUUGGUAAAGAUGACAUCAUCAAGCUCGGAGAUUUCGGCAUUGCCCGGAUGUUGAAUAGCACUUUGGAUCAUGCGCAGACCACUGUAGGUACGCCAUAUUAUCUCUCACCAGAGAUCUGUCAAAGGAAACCCUACAAUCACAAGAGCGAUAUGUGGUCGUUAGGCUGUGUGUUGUAUGAAGUGGCAACACUGAAGCACGCAUUCAACGCAAACAACUUCUCUGCUCUUGUAAUCAAGAUUUUACAGGGGCAAUACCCGCCAAUUCCAGGUUGUUAUGGACCACUUUUGGAGGACUUAGUUUCUGUACUGCUUCAAAAGAACCCUGACGACAGGCCUUCUGCGAAGCAGUUGCUGUAUGUCCCAGCCAUGCAGCCCUAUGUGAAAAGGUUCCUUCAGUGCGAGCGAGAAAGAGGUGACAGUGUCGCCUCUGACAUUUCAGACAUAUCUUCUAGAUCCAAUGCUGACUGUCCUAGAUCUCGGAUCUCAAGCUCUGGCAAAACGGAAAAAGAACAAGGCAAAGAUAACAUGGUUGAAAGGUCCAAUGUUUCAAAACGGGAUGGUCAAGAAAAACUGAAUCCAGACAUCUCAGGGGAAAAUGCAAGAAGUUCGUCUAGAGAACGAAGGUUCUUCACUAGCAAAGCACCAAUUCCUAACGCACAAGGAAACUGCCGUUCCUCUAGCAGCAGACCAAGUUUCUGUGUCGCUGACAACGUGCAAAAAACGAGGACCGCAUUUCCCGCCUCUGACAGCACGUCGAAAGCGCGGGAAAAUUUGCCUGCAAGGUGCCCCGCUGACACGAAGAAGCAGAGCCUACUUGCAUUGGCGCAUGCGCAGCAAAGAAGGCAUUCUGAGCAAACGUCAGCUCGGUCCCAGCCUGCGACUAGGAUUCCCAAGAGCCGAAUUCAUUCACAAGGAGCCCAAGCUCGGGACAAUUCUGAAAACGAGGACGAUGUUUUCACUGUUAAUUAUCCAACGGUAAUCCCUAAGAGAAAGCCAGAUGAGAAGAAUGUUUCGAAAAAGCGAGAAUUCAAGAAAAGCGUAUCGAAUUCUUCUGCGUCUCGUGCCUGUAGGGCUAAUACCGUGACGGAAGAACAGAAACAAAAGCCUGCGAUGUCGCUGUGCCAGCUGAAAAGUAACGAGGUCAUGCGCACAAGAAUGAGACACCAAUCUGCUGUAACCACUGGCGAUAGUAGCCGCAGCCCUGUUGAGCAGAGACAUCGAAGGCUUUCGAACAGGUCGGAGAUGAACAGAGUUAACAAGGAGAAUGUAAGUGCCAGUCGACAAAUAGACUGUUUAUGGUCUCCAAUUUUUUAAUGCAAAGAAAGAAUGCAAGAGGAUAUUUUUCGUUUAGUCUCUCGCUAUUCUUUUCCCACGUUUAAGGAUCAAAGAAAACUAAAGAAGAUAAGGUUACAAGAUUUCAAGAUUUCAAGGCUGAACUUGAAUUGGCAUGAUCAUUCUAGAUCUCAACGGGUCGGGUAGGGAAGUGGUCUGUACCAUACAGUAGCACUUACGUUUUUGUUCGGAGACCGAAGGCUUACACCAUUUACUUCCUGGGAGUCAGCACAAAAUAGCAUUUGUCCUUCGUUGGAAUUCUAAGGUCAUGCUAUGUUUUGUGUCUUGUAGCACUGUCCGUUUUGCGUCUGUUUUCCGUCUCUGCCGCCACAAACUUCUUUGCUACCAUGAGCACUCAC